AUGCCCAAGCAGCAGCAGCCCAAGAAGCGCGUCCUCGUCGUCGGAGCCGGCGCCGCCGGCAUGGCUUGCGCAGAGCAGCUCUCGCACCACCCGGACAAGUUUGACGUGACUGUCAUCGAGGCGCAGGACUACUGCGGUGGUCAGGCGUUCUCGAUCCCGAUCGACGAGAAGAAGCACGGCGCGCCGUUUCUUAACCAGGGCGUCCAAGGUGGGUCGCACAUCUACCACCACACGUUCCACAUGUUCAAGCAGCGCGGCGUCGAGGCCAAGCCAGUCGACCUUUCUGUCUCGUUCGGCAAGGGCGAGCACUUCUGGACCAACUGCUUCCCGACCAAGCUCGUCGACAAGCACGCCAAGGAGAUCAAGCGCUUCAAGCGCGCCGUCAAGAUCAUGCGCUGGUUCGAGCUCAUCUUCGCCCUGAUCCCGAUCAAGAUCUCGCUCAAGAUGUUCUUCUUCUCGGACGAGUUCAUCAACUACAUGAUCUACCCGAGUCUCGCCCUCUUCCUCGGUACCGGUAACGCCACGCCCGACCUCCCGACCAUCAUGCUCGAGCGCCUGUACACCUCCCCGACCUACGGCAUGUGGUACCCGGUCGACGACAAGAGCCUGUCGAGCAACAUGCCGCCUAUGGUCGUCUUCCCCGAGGAGACCAAGUUCUACACCGACUGGCAGCACGCCCUCGAGGAGCGCGGCGUCAAGGUCCGGCUCAACACCGAGGUGACGGCCGUCACGGAGCGCACGUCCAAGCUCGUCAAGGUGACGACCCGAGGCCGUCGCCCCCAGCCCGACCACCACAACCCGAACGGCGCCGACCAGGACCUGCCCGAGCACGAGGAGCAGUACGACGAGCUCGUCCUGUGCGUCCUCGCCGACACGGCCAAAAAGCUUCUCGGCAACAAGGCGCGCUGGAUCGAGAAGAAGGUGCUCGGCGUCCCCAAGUGGUCCGACGACGUGACCUACACGCACAACGACGUCGAGUACAUGCGCAAGUGGUACCAGGUCGACUUCCCGCCCGAGACGGCCGUCAAGACGCUCGGCGACCGCGACGAGUCGAAGCGGUACGAGGCCGGCAAGAAGGACUUCAGCCCUAUGUACCUCAUCAAGCAGAACCCGGGCGACGAGCGCAAGCUCGAAAUGUGCUUCGACUGCAGCGCGUUCCAAUACCAGCUCAAGGAGCAGAACAAGCCGUUCGACGACCACGUGUUCCAGACCAUCUUCCUCAACAAGAAGCACGAGCACCUGUGGAGCCACAAGGAGAUCAGGGAGGACAAGAUCAUCCGCAUCGACUGGUGGCACCAGCUCUGCCACGGCUGGACCCACUACCUCGGCUGCGUCCCGUGGAUGUGGCUCCUUCAGGGCAAGAAGCGCGUCCGUUACGCGGCGGCGUGGACUCUCGUCAACGCCCACGAGCUCGCCGUCGUGUCGGGCAUGGCCGCCGCCUACUCGCUCGGCGCGUCGUACCCCGAGGAGCUCGAGGAGGACGACUUUGCGCUCCUGUGCUUCCGGCUGUACCUCCUCCUCGACCACAAGACGUGGUACAAGAAGGGCAGCCACCGCGACUGA